AAAAUGAUGGUCAAAGUUGAAACAAAAAGUUUUUUACAAAUAAGAUAAGAGAAUAUAGGUAAUCAAAAGUAACUGAGCAGACCGCAGUGUUCAACAAGAGGAAGCCUAAGUCACAAUCGCCGCAAACGAACAAGUGACAUAAAGGAGUUGCAAUGGCAGGUAAACAAAGCAGAAAAAAUCCCAAAUUUACCAUAGAAGACGCCUUUGAGGAGGAUGCUGACGAUGCCAUCCGACUCUACGGUGCCACGAAUGAGCGUUCGCCCUUCAAACCCAAGGAUCGUGACGGAAUAAUGGGCGUGGAUGAUGUUUCCGUGAAUAUGGAUGACAGUGUUCUUGGAAGCAAAGGCUUUCUCACGGUGCCUGAUGUGGAUGCUAUUUCACGUGACAGUGAUUCUCUCAUACCGGGCGAUGCAAGCAGCUUCUCAGAAUCUCCAAGAUGGUGGUUCCUCCACCCUAAAGUUCGGGAAAAGUGGACUCUUGUGGCUGGAGCCUUCACUCUCCUCAUCUUGGGACUAACCCUCCUUGUGACUGGAGUUGUUGUUCAAGUCAUACCCAUUGAAGGAGUCUCAGGUAUUGUAUUCAUCAUUACCGGCCUUAUAUGCUUCAUUCCCGGGGCGUAUCACAUUGUCUACGUCAUUUUUGCCGUUUCGGGCAGGCGUGGCUAUGACUUCUACAAUCUUCCGCUGUUCAACUGAUACAUUCUCCGGGAAGAGUUCUAAGGUUAACCAAAAAUGAAAAGGAAAUUUAAUAUUGUGCAUGUAGUGAUUAUAUAAUGGAAUUCUUGUAUAUUUUCAAUUUUGUAACAUUAGUUCAAGAAGUCAGAGGGAGAUCAGAUUGUCUGAGAUAAUUAUAUACAUAUAUGCACCA